ACCUUCCCCGAGGAGCGGGCGGUUGACUGCAGCUCUGCGCCAGCGGCCGAAGCUGGGUCGCUGUCCCUCCGGGCUCGGCCGGGACGUCCCGCCCUUGGCGUCGCUGGGAAGUCAGACCAUUUUGCCUGUCGGUGGCCGGCGGAGGUCCCACUUGAUGUAGAACGUCCUCGGCCUUCUUUGUGAGCCCGCCAGUUAAGAUGUCGUGGGUAGCCGUCCCAAAUCGCAGUUUGGCCCUUUCGGUCUCCAGAGCUCGUGGACAAGUGUAUAGGAUCCAGAAUUCACAUUGUGAUGAAGAGUGAUAAAGAAAUUGUUGGUACACUUCUAGGAUUUGAUGACUUUGUCAAUAUGGUGUUGGAAGAUGUCACUGAGUUUGAAAUUACACCAGAAGGAAGGAGGAUUACAAAAUUAGAUCAGAUUUUACUAAAUGGAAAUAAUAUAACAAUGCUGGUUCCUGGAGGAGAAGGGCCUGAAGUAUGAAUGGAUUUCCUUAUGCUAGAGUCUGGCUUUUUCUUAAACCUUUAAUGUCUAUAUUCUAUAAAAUGAAGUUUCCGUUAAAAGGAAAUACUUUGAAUAUAUACACCAUUUUUCUAAGCUAAUCGUGGUUAUUUUGAGAAAGGAAGAGGUUUGUUUUGUUUUUUAAAAGACUGAAAAAAUA